UUCUAUCAAUCCAUUUGAAUAUAAGCCUUGAACAAGCUCAAUCAAAUCAUCCUCGCAAGCUCACUACUUCAACCCUCACAAUACGCAUAUAACUCCCGGUAAUCGAAAAUGCGCACAUCUCUUCCCCUCAUUGGGGCCGCUCUCUCCGUCCUCCUUGCCCCAGUUCAAUCCCUCUACUUUUAUAUCGACGGCUCAGCACCCAAAUGUUUCUUCGAGGAAUUGCCCAAAGACACAUUGGUAGUAGGCCAUUAUACCGCUGAGGAAUACGAUGAAAAUACAAGACAAUGGAGUAAACAUGAUGGAUUGAACAUUUUUAUUUCCGUAGAUGAGGUCUUCGACAACGACCACCGAGUAGUCUUCCAAACCGGUUCAUCUUCCGGACGUUUCACCUUCACAGCCGCCGAUUCUGGCGACCACAAAAUCUGCUUUACUCCCUCCUCCACCUCUGGCUCUAGCAAUUGGCUCAGCGCAUUACAUUCAAAUGGCGGUAUCAAAUUGACCCUCGAUAUGGCAAUUGGAGAGACGAGUCAAAUUGAAAGUGACGAUAAGGGAAAAAUCAAUGAUAUUGUGCAAAAGGUUAAGGAUUUGAAUGGCAGAUUGCAGGAUAUUAGAAGGGAACAGGUUUUCCAGCGGGAACGUGAAGCCGAAUUCCGCGACCAAUCUGAAUCUACCAACGCGCGCGUCGUCCGCUGGACACUAAUCCAACUCGUCGUCUUGGGAAUCACUUGCGCGUGGCAACUUUCACAUCUGCGAUCCUUCUUCAUCAAGCAGAAACUGACUUAGAUGUCCUUUUCUGUGGUUAUGUUUCGAUUCAUCAAUUGCCGUCCGUGAGAGGGAAGGGGGAAGAAUAUAGAGAGAAAGAGCGAGCAACGAAGAGGGAAGAAUGGAGGGUGGAAAAUGGAAUAAUGAAGAAGAGACUUACGAUUCACUCUCAUUAUGUACCUCUGUAUGUUAGUGUAGCUGGUUGGUUCGACCCAAAAUGAGACGAGGCGGGAUGAGAUGAGAUGAGGAUUGCGCUGCAAUGCACUGCUACGCAUUUAAAGAAUUACAUGAAACUUCCCUUCUUCUAUGAUUCCUGCUCCCUUUUCUCUCUUCUCAAACCAUAACCCCCCAAACCCCAAAACGAAACCACAACACAACACAUAAUAAGCUUUCCUU